UGAAUGAAGAAGAACAAGAAGAGUAUGUUGUUGUUUUAUCAAUCUUGAGGGAGGGAGGAGGCUAGGAGGGUCUGCAAUAAUAAUAUCUGAUUCCAGCAUAUUUUUUAUGAGUUUGGAACAGAGAAAGAGAAGCAGAGAGUUCAUCCGUGUCGCUUCUUUAAGGUUUAUUUCUCUUCUUGUGAGUUCUCUUCUGUUCUGUUCCUAAUAAAAAGAUCUGAAAUAUAUAUAUACAAAAAAAGGGAGAGAGACUAGAAGACUUCUUUAAUUCUUGUCUAUCUUUCNUUUUUUUUUUUUUUUUUUCUUUUUUUUGCUUUCGGUAUCUCUAUCUAUCUAUCUAUCUAUCUCCUGGCUUAUUAUUAGCUACUGUGAUAGAGAUCCACACCACAUGUUACUUGCUUCUUAGUUACUACUGCUAGUUUUCUCUCUCCUUUGAGAUCUUCUCCAUCAUCAUCAUCAUCAUCCAGCUCUUGGAUCUUCUUCCUUAUUCUUGCUUGCUUUGUUAUUCUUUUCUUUUUUAUAUAUAUGUAUGGUGUGAAUGAAUGGAAGUUUCCGACUCCGCUGCCGCUGCUCUGUCUCUCUUCUUCUUCUUUUCUUGUUUUUUUCUUUUUCCAGCAGAGUUAAUUUCUAUCAGAAUCGGUGGUCGUGAUGACGGGACAUGAGCUGAGAUGUUAUCCUUCUUGAUGAACUUUUUGACCGCUUGUCUGCGGCCCUCUUCUUCUUCCUCCCCCUCCCUAAGUUACUCUGAUUCCAAAGGCAAACAAGACGGCCUCCUCUGGUACAAAGACUCUGCUCGCCACCUCGUUGGUGAUUUCUCCAUGGCCGUUGUUCAGGCCAACAACCUCCUCGAGGAUCAGAGCCAGGUCGAAUCCGGUCCUUUGAGCACCCUCCCUUCUGGUCCUUUUGGCACCUUUNCCUUGCAUCCUGAUGACUCCCGUAUUCCUUUGUUCCUNUCCCGUUUUGUCUACGAUCAUCUCUUUCCCCAUCUCAAGAGAUUCGCAGCGGAGCAGGAUUCCAUGUCCAUGGAUGUGAUAAGAAAGGCCUAUGAGGCCACCGAAGAAGGCUUUCUAGGGGUGGUGGCCAAGCAGUGGGCGGUGAAGCCACAUAUUGCAGCUGUUGGUUCAUGCUGCCUUGUGGGUGUCGUGUGCGACGGGAGGCUUUACGUCGCUAACGUUGGGGACUCCCGUGCGGUUUUGGGAAAGGUCAUCAAGGCCACGGGUGAGGUUAUUGCGCUUCAGCUCUCAGCUGAGCAUAAUGUGAGCAUAGAGUCUGUGAGGCAAGAAAUGCACUCCUUGCAUCCUGACGACUCCCGUAUUGUCGUCUUAAAGCACAAUGUCUGGCGUGUUAAGGGCCUUAUUCAGGUAUCACGAUCCAUAGGAGACUUGUAUCUUAAGAAAGCCGAGUUCAACAGGGAACCGUUGUACACAAAGUUCCGGCUGCGGGAGCCAAUGAAAAGACCAAUCUUGAGUGGGGAACCGUCGAUAACCGUGCAUGAUCUCCAAUCCGACGAUCAGUUUCUGAUAUUUGCAUCGGACGGACUCUGGGAGCAGCUCAGCAACCAAGAGGCUGUUGAAAUCGUUCAGAACCACCCUAGAAACGGGAUAGCGAGGAGACUAGUGAAAGCGGCGCUGCUCGAGGCGGCCAAGAAAAGAGAGAUGAGAUACUCUGAUCUCAACAAGAUUGAGAGGGGAGUUAGGAGGCAUUUCCACGACGACAUCACUGUGAUUGUCCUCUUCCUGGACACCAAUCUGCUCAGCAAAGCCUCCUCCUCUCUCAAAACCCCUUCGGUUUCUAUCCGUGGUGGUGGUAUCACUUUACCUAAAAAACUUUAAAAUUAAUCAAGUUCCAUCCAUCAUCUUGUUGUAGUUAUAUUUAUCCAACCAAUCUUUCUUUCUGUUGUUUUAUAGUAUAUCUUUUGGGUUUACUCUUCUGGUAUAAGAAAUGUGCAAGUGACAUGUUGGAUCUCAUCCCAAUUAUUUUUGUACUCAGACUUGUUCAUAUAAAUUUGUAUGAUCUCUCUUCUUA